UUACAUAAUUAGGGCUUAAUUUUCAACGCAAUGUAAAAAUCAUAUCAUAAGAUUUACGUCCGAAUCGACGAACAUUUUUUUCUUAAAACAAUUAAAGAAAAUCGACAAUGAGUAAACACCCAUGAACGUAGUUCGUCCCGACAGAGUUCGUUUUUUGGCGCGCUGAAUUCAAAAUUUAACGUUUUUGAGUUCUCUGCCCGAGUCAUAUUUAAAUGUUCUCCCGGCGUCCUGAUUACUUUUGCUGCAAGACAAAUUUAGAUAAAAGUCAACUUUGUCAUAUUAAAAUGUCUUUGACCCAUCAACUUUAGCAGAGAUCUUAUAAAUUGGUCCGGGAUUCUCAUUAAUGUAGCAUUGCGUCAUUCCGGCAUCUGCUUGCUUACAUACUUCCUCGUUGUAAAUUGGUUUGUAAUUUAAAUUAGAGUAGAAAAACGGUCAUUCAUUGCGAAAAAGGCAACGUGUUUUAUCGAUAAGGACUUUUUUGUUUUCAUCAGAGGAACAGAAUGCGAUGAGUAAUUUUCGGUUUGUUCAGACUUGGAUUUUGAAAAUUUUCGAAUUGGUGUAAAAGAGGCCUGUUAGAUAUUUAUGUUAAAGAUAUAUAUGCGAAAUUAAGUCAAUUAAUAAUUAAGUACCACCAAAUGGAGGCGAUUAGGUACAACAAACCAAUAAAUUAAGUCACACUGAUUAAUGCUAAUUUAAACAAUCACGGCAAUUUAUCAUCAUAGAAAAGUUUAUUGUAAAAGCUUUGCUGGGUUUCAUCAAUUGAUUCUAGAUAUUCUCAAAUAUGAACGACAAAAUUACUUAACUAUAUAUUACAAAAUCCAUACAUAACAAAACAAAAUGAGAAUCUAGUUCCAAUUUUUUAAAAGUAUUUUAUUUUUCGCCAACUGUCUCUAUUUUAUUUUAUUUUGACACCAACGUCUGCAUUUAUUAUCGCCAUGCUCUGUGUGUAGUAAACACUAAUUCCUAAACACCAUUUGGUUCCCCCGACCCCUCCCAGACAGCAUAAAUAUGGGAGAUACUAUUCAGCCGAUGGUAGUCCCGAUUCUCAAACGGGACUAUCUGUAAUUAUGGACUCUUUCAUAAAUCUGUGAUGAAGUGUCUGUGCUUUGAAUUGUGUUAAUAUUUCCGUUUCUAAACAUGAAUCUGAAAUUUGUUUUAAUAACUUUUUUUUCUCUAAUUGUGAUUUCUGGAGCCCGAGUCAGAAGACGGGAACGAGAAGUCACUUCGAAAACCGAAAACUCUGAAGAACAAGCGCAGAUACAAAAUCAGCAGCCAAUUUUGGAGGAGGACGACGAUCUAUACGACGACGAGGAUGAAAAUUAUGAUUACUUCACUUCGUCGCCGUCUACUGUCCAGUUGAACCCCAUCACGACCCCACAACCACUGGACGAGCGACCCAUCGAAGAGCGCACCCAAACCUUCGUGCAACCCGACAACGAACGUCCAACUUCUUCGGCGAUUCCCACGGGAACUGUUGACUUGCACAUUUUGCAGCCCACCAGACCUACUCCGGCGAGUCACGUGGGUCCCUACAGUUGCCGCCACGAAGGAAAGUUGUACCGUGACCAAGAAACAUGGCGUUCUGGACCCUGUACCAACUGUACUUGCGUAAAUCGAGUGGCCGAUUGCAAAACAGACGAAGAAUGUGUGAGAGGAACGAGACCUACCAGACAGCCACAGGAGGGUUAUGACACCGCGGCAGUUCCUGGUCCACCAGGAAGUGCAGGGUAUCCGGGCGAACCCGGCCAUCCAGGCCAAAUGGGGGCACCUGGUUCGCCGGGAACUCCGGGAAUUCCUGGCGCUCCAGGUCCGCCUGGACCCGCUCCUGAUUUGUCGUCUUACUACCAGCAACUGGCGCUUUCGCAAUCGAGUAACGAUAAAGGUCCUGGUCCAGUCGAACCGUUUCAAUAUUUGCAAGCUCAAGUCGGUCCGAUUGGACCUAGGGGACCUCCAGGACCCGUGGGACUAUUAGGCCCGCAGGGUUUCCAAGGACCUAGAGGGGACACAGGGGAGAGCGGACCCGUGGGACCACCCGGACCUCCAGGACCAAGAGGUUUGCCUGGACCAUCAGGAAAAGAAGGAAGUCCCGGCGACGAUGGUGAAACUGGCCAACCCGGCUCCAUUGGACCUCCAGGACCCAGAGGCUUACCCGGAAUGCCUGGUAUUCCAGGUCUGAAGGGUCAUCGGGGUUUUCCCGGUCUGGACGGAGCAAAAGGUGACCAGGGACUACCUGGCGAGAAAGGAAUCACCGGUAAUCCAGGUCCCAUGGGACCUGUAGGCCCAAUGGGACCAUCCGGUUCUCGAGGAGAAAGAGGCAGAGAAGGUCCGCCAGGUCCACCAGGAAUACGAGGUUUAGAUGGAAUCGCUGGACCACCUGGCCUUCCCGGCGAAAUUGGCAAACCUGGACCUCCUGGGUUUCCCGGCAAUCCGGGAGCUAAAGGUGACCAAGGAAGUCAAGGCCCUAAAGGAAGUUUAGGUUUGCAAGGACCUAGAGGAGAAGCGGGUCAGCCAGGACGAGCAGGAGAAAAUGGAUUACCUGGAGCGCCCGGAAAAGACGGCUUUCCUGGCGAAAAAGGAGAUCCAGGAGCUACAGGCAUAUCCGGCCCUCCUGGGUUUCCUGGUGGACGAGGACCACCCGGAUUAAACGGGAGUCCGGGCCAACCAGGAGCCAAAGGCAGUCCUGGCAUACCCGGUGAACGAGGAUUUAGAGGAGAAAUCGGGAUGAAAGGAGAAACUGGAGCACCUGGCCCGCGAGGAUUACCUGGAGUUGUCGGUGCAGAAGGUAAAAGAGGAAAAAGAGGACCCAGAGGUCCCAUGGGAUCAGCUGGACCACCAGGUGAAAGAGGAUCUCAAGGAGUCAGAGGUUUACCCGGACCGGAUGGAGCUACUGGUCCUAAAGGACAAGCAGGGAAUAGAGGCGCCAUAGGUCCACAGGGUAUCAAAGGCUCGCCGGGUGAACCUGGAAGACCGGGCUCGAUUGGUUUACAGGGUAUGCGAGGUCUGACAGGAAGAUCUGGACCUCAAGGAAGACCAGGUAGUCCAGGUGAAAGGGGACAACCAGGCGCGGAUGGAAAACCUGGUGAAACAGGACAUCAAGGAUUACAAGGUUUGCCUGGACCGUUAGGUCCGCCUGGUGAUAAAGGAAAUCAAGGUGAAGCUGGAAAAGACGGAGAACCAGGUCCCCAGGGUCCACCUGGCCCACGAGGUGAUGCAGGAAAAGAUGGACCAUCCGGAUCGCCCGGACCACCCGGACCUCCAGGCGUUGACGGUGAAAGAGGUCCACCAGGAGUCACGGGCCCUACAGGCUUCCAAGGACUACCAGGGGCACCAGGUAUUCAAGGAGCUGCUGGAAAAGAUGGAGAUACUGGUGUGCAAGGACCACCCGGCUUACCCGGUAGUAUUGGACCGAGAGGAGAAAGAGGUAUUCCUGGAGAGCGAGGACCAGUUGGACAACCUGGACUUCCUGGUAUGAAAGGAGCAACGGGACCACAGGGUCCGGAUGGAAUUCCUGGACCUACUGGCCCGCACGGUGCGAAAGGUCACGCAGGGACACCAGGAUUAAUGGGUCUUCCUGGUACACGUGGUCAGCCUGGUCCGCAAGGCGAAAAAGGAGAACAUGGAAGCAUUGGCCCUAUUGGUCCCGAAGGCCCUCCAGGGCGGCAAGGAGAACGAGGUCCACAAGGUUUCCCUGGACCAACAGGUCCACCCGGAGAACCAGCCGAAAGAGGAGAACCUGGUCCACCUGGACCACCAGGUGAACCAGGAGCUCCCGGAGGACCCGGCGAAAGAGGACCACUUGGAUCUCCCGGUCUACAAGGUUUCCCUGGUCCUCAAGGUCUAAUCGGCUUACCUGGACUCAAAGGCGAGAGAGGACUCUUUGGCCCCAAAGGAAUGCAAGGAAAUCCGGGUCCCAUAGGAAGACCCGGAGAAGUGGGUCCCCCAGGACCCAUCGGCUUGACAGGAGUCAAAGGAGCUCGAGGCGAAGCAGGUCCCAGAGGCGAUGUUGGAUUAAUGGGACCUCCUGGACGUCCCGGCGAUCCGGGGCAGGCCGGCCAACCCGGAAGCAUCGGUCCUCCUGGUCUUCCAGGUUUACCUGGAUUCAAAGGAGCUGCUGGGGAAACAGGACGCGUUGGGUUACCAGGACCGCAAGGUUUACCCGGACCAUCGGGACCCGAAGGCCAAAAAGGUGAAGUGGGAUCAGAAGGACCCACCGGACCUGUUGGACCACUAGGACCAAUGGGCCCUGCAGGUGAUCGAGGGUUACCCGGACUUCCUGGCCCGCCGGGACCCACAGGCUUGAGUGGUUUAAGAGGAGCACCUGGAGAAGCGGGUGCUCCAGGGAAACCUGGUAACGAAGGACCGCAAGGUCCACCUGGAUUGAGUGGACCACCUGGAAUGGCGGGUCCGAUGGGCGAACAAGGUCCGGAAGGACCAUCUGGAAAACCGGGACCACCAGGUUUGGCUGGACGAAUGGGCGAUAAAGGUCCUGUAGGACCGAUGGGUCCUACCGGUCCAUCAGGACCACCGGGUUUGCCGGGGCCACCUGGUGGUACUGGAUCACCAGGUCCUACCGGCGAAAGAGGACCUCGCGGAGAAGUGGGUCCUACUGGUGUCGAUGGCCCACCGGGCGAAAGAGGGAAACAAGGUCCGCAAGGUCUCGAAGGUAUUAAAGGCGAACGAGGAGAAGCGGGACCUAAAGGGGCAAAGGGACACCGAGGUUUGAUUGGGCUGCAAGGUCUACCAGGGAGUGCGGGACUUCCUGGAGAGAAGGGAUUGACUGGAAAUCCCGGACUUCCUGGAAAGGAUGGCGAGACGGGACCCAGAGGUCCGCCGGGAAGGGAUGGCAGUCCUGGACCGCAGGGUGUUCCUGGGUUGAUUGGAGAACGAGGCGGCAAAGGCGACGACGGUAAACCUGGACCAGCGGGACAGCCUGGUCCUCCAGGUCCUCCGGGACCUCCUGGUGAUGGAUUGGGCUACGACGCGGCUAGUUUGGCGGCUUUGCUUGCUCAAGGACAAAUAAACAACCAAAAAGGACCUGAUCCUUUGGGCGACGAACCGAUUAGGGUGUUCGGUAAACAGAUGACGGACCAAGAACGCAGAGAAAUUGUGGUUAAGGCUUACGAACAACUGAAGGCAUCGUUUGAGAAGUUUAAAAAACCGAAUGGGGAUAAGAACAACCCGGGUAAGACCUGCAAGGACAUACUGAGCGCUUAUCCGGAGUCGAAGAGCGGACAAUACUGGGUGGACCCUAACGAAGGAGAUUCGAAGGAUGCGAUACUAGUUCACUGUGACAUGGAAAAUAAGGCGACGUGCAUCGUUCCAAAGCCGGAGAGGUCCCCAGAAAUCCAACACCGUGGUGGCGAGAGCGAAAUUUGGCUGGGUGAACUCAAAAACGGGCUGAAGAUUUCGUAUAAAUCUCACAGCAACCAAAUUGGAUUCCUCCAGUUGCUGUCGCUUCACGCGGAACAGAACAUCACGUUUAAUUGUAAGAACACUGCGGCUUAUUAUGACGUUACAAGACACACAUACAAGAAAGGAUUGAAGUUCAUAACCUGGAAUGACUCUGAGUUGACGCCUCGGGGUAACGUCCGGUUACGCUACGAAGCCAUUACUGAUGACUGUAGGAUGCGUAAAGACACCUGGGCCAAAUCAGUUCUUUCGUACAAAACUGACAAAACAGCAAGACUUCCCAUAAUCGACGUAGGAAUUCGCGAUUUUGGAGGCCCGAACCAGGCGUUCUGGGUGGAAAUCGGCCCUGUUUGUUUCUCUUAACUGCCAAGCAUUCUUAACAUCUCUAUCACUGCCUAAGUAUAUUAAAUUGUAAGGUGUUUACAUUGUACAUUAUUUUUUAAUAAAGAAGGUGCU